UUCUGCUGCAGCCACAGGACAUGGAUUGCUGCAUGUUGACUUGCAUCAGUCAGGCAAUACAGCAAAGUAUACGUCAAAGCUGAAUGAUGCUGCUAAUGAAGCAGAAUGGAGGCAAUUAAAUGCUUCACUACAUUGUGGUGAUAAGAAGAUGAAGCUGAAAGCCAUGGGCCCUGGUGCUGCUGAUAUACAACUGCAUAUAGACAAUGUGCAUCCUUUGCCACUGAAGCAGGUGCCUGAAAGCUGUGGUUUCUCAAUACAGCAGAAUGCACUUGGCCUUGUUUUAAUUGUACCUUAUAAUGGCUGCAGAGUAUUAACAGAGAGUGGAAGAUAUGUGUUGCCAGUGAUUUGGCGGGGGACAGCAGUUAAAUUCAUCUGCCCUAUAACCAAUUCUGAUGCAACUCCUGCUUUUACAACUCCUGAACCUGUGCAACAGCCCCAGAAAGUUCCCUUCUCUCUCAGCCCAUGGCACUUUCAUCGCUCUAAACGACAGGCUAAACGACCCAUUUCAGUCUACUAUCCUAAUCCAUAUAAUUUUUAUUUGUAUAAUUAUUACAUGCAUAUGAUGGCACUAGCAGCUGCUAAGACUAAGCCCACCACCACAACUAAACACCCUCUAACAAAGCCUCCUGCAUAUUCAUAUCCUCUGUACUAUCCAUAUAACUCUUAUUACCCCUAUAAUUCCUACCAUCUUCUCCCAAACCCCCCAGCUAUCACCACUGUGCCUCCAGCUACAACCACUGUUAGACCUAGCAGCAACAAAAAUCCUCCCCAGAGCCCUGUUAAUUAUGCUUCAUAUCUUCCAUAUAUGCACUACGUUCCACCAGCCCAACAGUUGCAAAUAAUUCCAGAAAAAACUCAGGUUUAUUACUACCCCAACACUGAGUUUUUCUAUGGAAGGCCUCCAUACCAACACGAACCAAAUCUGCCAACACAACCUACUUGGUCUCAGUUUACCACAGUUGCUACGCCAGGUGACCCUGCUCCCCCCAUUAAACUGAGUUACCAAAGCCCUGUUAGCUCAACAUCCUCUUCAGCUCCUACAGCACAGAAACCCAUUGGCUAUAAUCACUACUUAGAUGUAGGAGGCCCGUAUGUUCCUUUUGAGGAGCUGCCCUUCAAGCCAUAUGUUGCAUACAAGUCUAGCAAAGUCCUCGACGACCAGAAGUACGUGGCUAAAGCAGGUUUCAAAUCUGGAUUUCAAGGACAACCAGGUUUCCCUCGGCAAAUUGCUCCCAGGUUUCCUCAGCUCACAGGUCAAGAACAUCCUUGACUGAGAAUCAAAUCAAAAUGUAGCCCUGUUGGUGCUAAGGAAGUCUUGUAUGAAUUAAUAGUAAAAUAGUUGUACUAUGACUGC